AUGACAAUCGCUUGCGGACAAGCUUGCGGACAAGCUUGCGGACAAGCUUGCGGACAAGCUUGCGGACAAGCUUGCGGACAAGCUUGCGGACAAGCUUGCGGACAAGCUUGCGGACAAGCCCGCGGACAAGCCCGCGGACAAGCCCGCGGACAAGCCCGCGGACAAGCCCGCGGACAAGCCCGCGGACAAGCCCGCGGACAAGCCCGCAAGGCGGACAAGCCCGCGGACAAGCCCGCGGACAAGCCCGCGGACAAGCCCGCGGACAAGCCCGCGGACAAGCCCGCGGACAAGCCCGCGGACAAGCCCGCGGACAAGCCCGCGGACAAGCCCGCGGACAAGCCCGCGGACAAGCCCGCGGACAAGCCCGCGGACAAGCCCGCGGACAAGCCCGCGGACAAGCCCGCGGACAAGCCCGCGGACAAGCCCUUGCGGCAAACUUGCCUGCUAGCUCACACAGGUUUUUAG